AGCGUUGAAGCAGAACUAUGAAAAACCACCUCGCAACAAGGAGACCGAGCAGUGGAAGGUUGAACACAGUCCGGUUUCCCCUAGGGAGAUUCCCGGCCUAAGCAGUCCCAGCACACCCCAUCAGCAAUGCCUCCGAGGAGGCCGGCUUGAUGCGCCGAUUGGCAGGGAGCACCGUCUGGCGAAGGGGCGGCCAAGACUACCAGGGCAGAAGUUUGGUUACAGAUGGGCGCAGACGGGCCGGGUCGUGGUAGAGGAGAGAUCUAACAGGGGGACCAGAGAGGUGUCUUCCAAGAGCAGGAGAGCGAGGCUGGCGGCGGAGAGGUUGAAGAAGAAGCGGAGGAAGGAAAGGAGGCGGGAAGAGAAGCUGGAGAAGGACAAGGAGGACGGCCAGUGGCUUUACGAUGUCGAGCCAACUGAUGCUCAGUGUAACGGGGUUUGUGGCGGUGGGCGGAUAAGCCGGCAGACAAAGCGGAGGUCUCCAGGAAGCUUGAUUGUCCAGCUUAGUAUUGUGGAACGUGGUGGAGGGAAGGCCAGUGGCGGUAGCUUCCUCAAAUGCCAGAGUCGGCGGCGAGAGAGCAGAGGCGACAGUGCGGGGCAGAUGACAGAGGAAGCGGAGGAAUCGAAGUGGCUGACAGCCGAGGCCGAGCAUGUCAGAAAUCGAGAGACGGAACGGAUGGUGGUGAUGGAAAGAGCACGGGAGCGGAGACAGAAGAAGUAA